CUCCUCAGUUAGUUGGCAAUUCGAAGUGUUCGCGAGAUGUUUAAUUUGUCGCUGGUAUUUUGCUUGUUGUGGCUUGUGGCAAGUCUUGUUGUGGCCUCUUCUGGGGGCCAGUCAUCGAUACCACGACUAAAUGCCAAAGACUAUCAGCUAGAGUUUUUGCGCGCCAUUGCAGAUCUUGCCGAACAGCGCGCCGAAUUAAGUCUCAACGAUUAUCUACUGCAAUUGGAGGACGAUGGCAGCUAUGCCAAUUAUACCGAACAGUUGCACACGGCGCGCUCCGCCCGCAAGCUGCAGCCAAAGGUGUUGCUAAUUAAACAGCUGCUCGAUGCCCAACACCACACACAACUCGAUUUGCAGCACACGAGUGUGUUGCGGAAUCUCCUCUUUCUCAACCGACUCAGCCAACAGUUGCGCAGUGCUCGGGAUGCGAGUGCCCAGGAGAUUCGACAGCUGCGCUUGCAUCGACUCUGCCAGCAGUUUGAACGACCUCGUCCCACUGUGCAGCACUUGGAUCGCCUGAUUAAUGAUCAGACUGUGGGCGCCGCACUGCAGAAGUUGAACCUGACACACAGCGAAUCGAGUCUGAAUCUAAAUCAGUUUGGACAGCAGCUUUAUGAGCGAGUUAAGUUGUCGGGUGCCGAAAUCAUAGACAACUAUAUGCUUAUACUGCGCGGUCUGCUGCAAGAUAUGCUGGACUCGGAACAGAUUGAGAACACAACGCAAAUGGAGCAAAUACUGCAACAACUCGACAGCAUGCUGGCCAUCAGCGAUUUCUUCGAGAAGCGUCAGAGUGUCUACGCAUUUCUAGAGCGUAAUCUCGCAGCAACAGAUAACGAGCAAAGGCGUCAGCGUCCGUCCAAUAUUGCCGGACAGCAUUUGACCGAACAGCUGCUGGAUCAACUCAAAGCCAAAGGUCUGGAUCUGUUUGUCAUCUUUCUGUUCAGCAAUUUCGAGUUUCUCGAGCAGGUGCAUCGACAUUGGGCUGAACUGUUGCCACAGACACCCAGUUUGCUGUACGACGAAACGCAUCGCCAGCUCUAUGACAUUCAACAGCUUUACGCCAGCUUCAAACUGGACACAGAGAGUUCGGCGAAAUAUGAAGCAUACUCAAAGGCGCUGCGACGCCUACACGAACGCACAGUGGAGCAGGGUGAGGAAAAUCAUCACAUAUUCGAGAUGAUCAACAAUGCGGCACAGAAUGUGGGCAGUGUCACCUUCAACAUGAUCAAGUCCAAGUGCAAGGAGAUGGUCUAAGGGAUGACAAU